UUUUAGAAAUGGAUGCGUUAUUCGAGAACAGGCGGGCCUUCUGCUAAUGGGGUGGGUUGUGAAACCAGAAGAGGCGGUCCCUGAGAACAUUAUCACGAAAAGCCACGCGGUUCAUAUAGGGAUAGUGGCCGUCCUCGCCUGAACUUCACAUAGAAAGACACAAAUAGGAGCUGGGGCAUCACGGACGAAUCAGAACGGACCAAUGAAGGGUUGCAGUGAAAACAACAUGUUACAGUCGCUACUGGAUAUUGUAGGGAGUGUGGGAUUUGUUUUCUAGUGCUGUCGCUGAAUCCAUUACUGCAGGUGGCUUUUAAGUAUUAUUUCUUUAGAAAUCAGUCCUUUAGUAAAGAACACCGCGAAGUUACCGGAUUCUGGUCAUUCGCUAAUCUAAGGUGGAGCCAUUGUCAAAAGCCAUUCAGGUUUGCUGUGCAACAACAACCUGUCAUCAAUGAGUUUUACUGCACCAGGAGUGUUUCCCGAAGAGUCUCAGGAGAUGCGAGAGCAUGGAGUCCUUGGGGUAGAAAUGGCCUCUCCCAGCACGUUCACAGAUGAAGCCGUGUCUAUCCUCACGUCCAGCAGCCUCUUGGCACGCUCACUGCUGGGGCGCACCACUGCAGUUAAGCGCAAGGAGCCGGAGAUGAGCGAGAGCCAGGCGUUAGCGGCAAGACGCAAGCGGGAGUUCAUCCCACAGGACAAGAAGGACGAUAGCUACUGGGACAAACGCAAGAAGAACAACGAGGCGGCCAAGCGUUCGCGGGAGAAGCGGCGCGUCAACGACAUGGUGCUAGAGACCCGUGUGCUCGCCCUCCUGGAGGAGAACGCCAGGCUGCGGGCCGAGCUGCUGGCACUCAAGUUCCGCUUCGGCCUCGUCAAGGACCCGUCUAAUGUGCCCAUCCUGCCCCUCACACAGUCACCCCCCACCCCCCAGCACUGCUACCUGCCCUCUCCCCACUCGGGUCACCCCUCUGUGUCUCAGCCUUCAGGUCUUCAGCUGGGGCCUCGGAGCUUGGGUUCCAGCACAGCCAGGGGCGACAUCGCGAUGGGUGACGCGGGCAGCAUGUCGUCCGAGGACUCUGGCUUCUCCACGCCGGGCGGCUCCAGCGUGGGCAGCCCUGUGUUCUUUGAGGAGCGCCACGCAGGGGAGCGCGACAUCAAGCUGUCCCCACACUGCACCGAGGAGCAGGAGACGCACCACCCCGCCGGUGACGGCCUCCUCCACGCAGCUGGGUCGGCGCGCUCCCCCAUCGCGCUGCACCUCUCUGGGGAACUCUCUCAAGCUAUGGUGGCCGUCGUCGGGAAGCUAGAUGGUGGAGAGGGGAUGAGGUGCCUCCCCCACAAGCUGCGCUUCAAGACGCCUGGCAGUGGAGAGGGCAGUGGCAGUGGCAGCGAUGCACCAGCGGGAGACAGCCGUGGCGUUCUGCAUCCCACCGCCGCCGCUAGGAGCUGGCACCCGCCCGUGGACGGAGGGGAAGGUGCUGCAGGGUUCUGGUCCCAGGAGGGAGAGCACGCCAGGCCAACACCUUAUGAGCACGCCGCCCCCAGUGGUGGACAGGGGCAGAACGAGAGUCAGGCCGCCACCCACAUGCUCAAGUCCCAGCUGACGUCUCUCAGUGAAGAAGUGGCCCAGCUGAAGAGGCUCUUCUCUGCACAGAUGGUGUCCAAAAGCAACUAAUGAGCACCAACACAGAGACCCCUUUGAAUAACAUCACAUCACCUCACCAAAGCAGACCUGGCCUGGCCUUCUUCAUCUCCACAACAUGCAAACAGGGAGAAGGGAUGGGAAGAACAGGAGGACACAGAAGGAGAGAGCAAUAAUGGACUGGACCUGUCACAACUCUACCUCUGCUGAAUCUCAGCUAAGAAAGAUACAAAAAGAGAGAUCACACAAUAAUCAACUGCCUAACACACUCCUCAAUGUACAACUGUUUAUGUGAAAUAUGUUGUGUAACACUGUUGUUUCUCACUGCCCUAGUCACUAACUUCAAUCCCACCUCACUGCCCUUGUAUGGCUACACAGUGCCAGUUACGUUAGCUGUUCGCUCUUGCCUCCAACACUGAAAAGGCUCCAGCUCCAUAUAGUGUCUGAUUUUUAUCACAGAGGCAAAAUGACAGGCUGCAAUCUAAACACAAAUUCUUCAAAAAGAGGCGCUUAUCACUCAGUCCAACACUUCACCUCCUGUAGGUCACUCUAUAGUCCUGCAGGGGUUGGGAGAAAGCUGAAUAUUAAUUGAAAAGAUUAACUGGUUCUUAGCUGAAUUAGAAACAUUUGACAGAGUGAAAUGUCGGCGGACCAGGGCCCCCUGAAGGCCAAAGAGGGGUACCAUUUGAACAGAAAAUUAAAAUCAUCACUUUGCUUUGUUUUGUUUUUAAAACACAAGGGAGACUCUAAUUACUCUUUCAUUAAAUCCACAGCGUUGAAGCUGAGAGGACCCCUGUAGGAGGGGAGGGGGCAUAGCAGGGGGUACACGAUCACUUCACACUCUGUGUGUUUGGAUGUGUGUGUCAGGACAUUUGAAAUGACCUGGGUUUACAGCACACACACUGCUAACUUACAUUUGAUGAUGGAAAUUGUCAUGUCUUGUGUCUUGUGAACUUAUGUUGCGAGUUUUGUACAUGUGAAUAAAUAUGUAUUAAAAUACUCUUGAACUCUU